AUGUCUGAACAACCAUUGUUACAGAGUGCGCCAGGCAAGCGCAUCGCUCUCCCAACUCGGGUGGAACCCAAGGUCUUCUUUGCCAAUGAACGUACUUUCCUCUCUUGGCUCAACUUUACUGUCAUUCUCGGCGGUCUCGCCGUGGGUCUGCUCAACUUUGGUGACUCAGUCGGCCGUAUUUCAGCUGGCCUGUUCACGUUAGUAGCCAUGGCGGCUAUGAUAUACGCCUUAUUCACGUUCCACUGGCGAGCAAAGAGUAUUCGAGUAAGAGGUCAGGGUGGUUUCGACGACCGAAUCGGUCCCACCGUGCUGGCUCUGGCUCUUUUGGCAGCUGUGGUGGUCAACUUCGUGCUCCGAGUUGUCGGGGCAUGA